CGCGCGAGGACUGCUCCCCGCGGCGGCCGCCGCAGCAGCCGCCGCCCUGGCGCACUGCUCGGGCGGUGGGCGCCGGCGGUGGCGGCGGCACACCGCCCUGCGCGCGACGCACGUGCCCAUGCCGAGCAGGACGCCCCGCCCAGACGAGGUCCGCGGCGAGGCUGCCAGCGAUAUUGACUGGAAAGACUCCAGGGAUGGUGACUUCGAGGCAAGGGACCAGGACGAGAACUGGGACUACGGGGUUAUGGACCUGUACGAUGAGGAAUAUGAGGACGAUGAUGACGGCGAGCCGGCAAUAGACCCCAAUUUUCACAGCGUCUUCGGAGAAGAUUUGCCCGACGUGGACGCUGCGAAGGAGAAGGAGAAGAAGAGCAUCAGUGCGCGCGUGGCCAAGGCCGUCACGAUCGGCGAGGGCGAGGCGCCGGAGGAAGUGGACGAGCUGCCGGACGAGGAGUACGACCCCCAGGAGCUGGUCUUCGGCAAGCGGGUUCCCUUCAAGGAGGCGGGCAUCGAGGA